ACAUUGCGAGCUGCUGGAGAUCACGGCUAAUUCUGUAGGAAGACGUGCGCCAGACGCUUGGUAGCUAUGGGGAACGUUGAGCCGGAGGGAUCGCCGUGCCGGUCCCAGGCCUCGGGGUCCGUAAUACGCUGUUGGCUGUUCGCGUUGGUGUUGCUGCUGGUGCCGCCGCCGUUGUCAUCGUUCAACCCCAUUACCCCGGGUUUUAACAAGAGUGUCGCAUCCACCGAACCCGGGCACAACGGCACUGCCUCAUCCAUCAGUAACGUCUUGGGUAGCGUGAGAUUUCUGCUGCGACAGUUCCCGGCCCUCGAGGGCCUGGUGCUAGCGUCCUGCGCCGUGGCUUUACUGCUGGUCAUCUGGCUGACGGUCAAGAUGUUCAGGUCUAGAAGAAGACUCAGGAAAACAAGGAAAUAUGACAUUAUUACAACACCAGCAGAAAAAGUGGAAAUGACACCACUUAAUGAAGAAAAUGACGAUGAUGAAGAUGCAACAGUGUUUGACGUGAAAUACAGCAGGUGAAGAUUUGUGCAUAAUAACUUAUAUGGAAAACCAAAUGCACUGUGCCACAAUGAUCACCUGGAAGAAAACUGGGACUCCCUUGUCGUCUGUGUAUUAACUUUUCAUUCACCUUGUUGUUUAUAGCAAACAGAAGUAUAUAGGAAAGUAAAUUAUCAUCAUCCAGUUUAGCACCAGCACAAUAUUCAUGUUUCCCAUGGACUUCAUAGAAGGGAUUUUUAAAAAUCCAAACUCAAGAUUUUAUGGUGUAUGUUUUGAAAUGCUAUUAUUGUAUCUUAUGGUAGUAAUUUUGUAUUUGUUCUCUGACCAAAUAGUCUACCUGCACUACAAUAAUGAGGUGAAGUGGAAUAUAGAUUAACACUUGAUUUUCUUGGAUAAAGUUUAGGAUUUAUUCUUUGUUUUUAAAAUAAUAUAUAUUGCUAUUAGGUUGUGAUAGCUUUCAGAAACAAUAGAAACUCAUUCAUAUUCAUUUGAGCCAAGCCUACAGUACAGAGUAGCUGCUGUGCGUUUAAACUUUGGUCGCUUUAGCAUGGUAGCGUAGUGGUUAGCACAAUGCUUUACAGUACUAGCAACUUGGGUUCAUUUCCCACCGCUGCCUGUAAGGAGGUUAUACGUUCUCCCCGUGACCAUGUGAGUUUCCUUCGGGUGCUCCGGUUUCCUCCCACAGUCCAAAGACGUACCAAUUAUUUGGUUAAUUGGUCAUUGUAAAUUGUCCCAUGAUUGGGCUAGGGUUAAAUAGGUGGGUUGCGGGAUGGCACAGCUUGAAGGGCCUAUUCCGUGCUGUAUCUCUAAAUAAGUUUUAAAAAGUGAAACUCUAUUUUGAAAGUGGAAUGCAAUGCACAGUCGUUCAUGUAUGUUUUGCACAAGUGAGACAGGAUGGAUUUUGAUCCUGUAGUUUUGAAAUGCGCCUGUAGUUGGAUAUGAAAUGUGAAACAUCACAUCUCAGCAAGUUAACAUUAACCCUUCAGUAGGAGAUCAUGACUAUUCCCAGAUACAUUUGUGCUUAUCUGUGUAUGCACAAUUUUGGCAUUGUGAGCAAAUCAACAGAUAAUAUGCUUUUGCAUUGCUAUUAUGGAUUAAUAUAAGCAUAGAGCAGGACCUGGCCCUGAGGAACUAGCACUAUAUUUAUAACUUCUUGAGUAAAUAUGUUAACUUGCUUUGGUUUUUAUUAGACAAUGAAUUAGAGCUGCAUAAAUUGCUUACCAAAGGCAUUUACUGAUAUACGAAUCCAGGUAUUGAAUUGUAGAGCACUGAUAACCAACUGAUUCAAGCUUUAACCAAACUAGGCAAAAUGUAUAGUAGGACUCCUGUUACAAUUUUAGACUGACGAUGUAAAAAAAAAUUGAAUCAACGCUACAGGCACUUCAAGUAGAUUUGAUUUGCUCUAAUCAUAAGCAUUUCAUGUUCAAACAGUACAUUGACAGAGUCCUUUAUAAAAAAAAUCCUUGUCAUGAGUGGCUUUCAAUAACUUUUCAUGUUGUUGUGGUUUAGUUCAACAUGCCUUAUGUUGCUGUAGUCAUAAUGAUCUUUGCAAGCUAAACCCAUGAUUGGAUGAAUGCAACCAUAAAAGUCUUAGGCUAAUCACUAAAGUUUGGAAGAAGGGUAGGAAAUUUUCUACUAUGCAACAAAAUAGCUGUUGAGAAUGGCCUGUUAUGACUGAAGGUUGUUGGCUCAAUGGAUUGCUCUAGUGAUAAGACUGCAACAGCAGAGUAUUCUGUGAAAAGAGAAGUAUAACUGAAGUAAUUUUGUCUGCAUAUUUAAAAAAAAACAACUUCUAGCACACGUUGUCUAGAAAUAGAAAUUUGAAUCCUCCCACAACUUGUUUUUGCCUUGGUGAAGUAAGAAACACAGGUUGGUAUGAAACAAAAUGCUUGAGCACUAACUUUCUAUAAACGAUGUCAUACUUUGCACUACUUGUUUCAACAUGAAGACCUAAUAGUAUAAGAGCAUUACCCAGAAAGGUCAACCAGUCCUGCUGGAAUGACAGGCUGAUAAAAUCAGCUGGAAUACCAUUUCUACAGAAGCAGGAGCACACCCUCACUGCCACUCCCUCGGGUAUAAAUGUAAACUUUUUAUUUACAGAUUAUUACAGGCUAAGAGCUUGUCCUUGAACUAAUUAAGCUAUGACAUCUAUUGAAUUAUUACUCUGUCAACCGUUGUAGCAAUCUAAUUUUCUUUACACCUCCUUAGAUAAAAUGUUAAGUUGCUAAAUGCUGAACUACUAAAUCAGCACUGCUAGAGAAUGCCAAUAUUCAAUUAUGUAGAUUAUGCCACCAUGCUAACCAUUCCCUAAAGUGCAGCCAAAGAUAGGAAGGAUGAGAUCUGCAGUUAAUUUAUUUUCACCACAGUUCAAGUGAGGAAAUUUUUAAAAACUUUGCGUCCUCUGAGAGACCUGCAAUCUGAGCUAUAGUGCUCAUUAUAGUCUCUGCUGACUCCACUGAACAGGGUUUCAGCAAAUGUCCCUUUUCUGAUCGCUAUGUAUUUUCUGUGCCUGAAUGUUGACCGAAAACAGGAUGGAAACUCUUCCUGGCUCGGAAUUCAGCUACUGGAAGAUGUACCAAAGGUGGGGACAGGGUUCGACUCUUGGAAAUGUACUGAUAUAAUGUCAUCUGGAAUUAGAUAGAAACGUGGCCACUUGGGAGGAGAUGGGAAAAUGAGAAUGCUUUUAGCAGAGGGGUAACAAUUAAGCAAAGAAAGUGGAAUCUCUUUAAAUUGAACAAUAUGAGCAUUGGAUUGUGGGGAGAAGGUGGGGGGGGGGAAUAUUGGAUUUAAUCUGUGACAUAAGAGUGGGCAGAAAAAUAGUCAGCAAUUCUGGUCUCUCUAGUAGUUACUCCUGACUGUAAAAUUGUGGGAGAUCAGAUAUAUACACACGCAUCUAUCAGAUCUUAUCAAUCAUUAUACAUGACCAGGUUAAAAUUUCCUCGUUUAAGUGCCAUUUUGUACUGAAUAUUGACAAUCAGCACCUCUUUGAUUAUUGACAUUUUAGUCAAUGGGCUUUUAUAUCCUUUGUAUACUAAAUCUUUCAGGAGAACUUGGAAAUGGACAGAAAUUUUAUGUGUUUGAAAUGACUAAAGAUUCAUUGUUAAUCAUGUUACUUUUGUAAGUUUUAUGUUUACAUUUUUUACAAAUAGGAAUAUUUUGUCUAGAUUUUAUGCAACGUACAUUUUUCUUUUGGAAAAUAGUGAUGUUUGUAUUCAGAGCAGUAAUUUGAAGUUGGUUAAGGGAAAUGAAUGUAGCAUGCAUAACUGUUGUUUAAUUUCUUCCUUCAUAAUGCCUGAAGACAAAGUGAAAUGAGCCUGGUGUUGAUGAAUGAGGACAGUCCAUGUUGGACCAUUUGUAAGACAUAAAGACCUUUGAAAAUUAUUCAUUUCUAUUUUAGUUUCAAGGGUAUAAGGAUCUACUUUAUUGGGACACAGCUUUAAGACUUAGGCUUAAAACUUAGAUUUAAAAUUUUAAAAUUAAAAUUAAGAACUUCAGAAAAUUGGGAAGUUAAGAGAAGUGUUACCCUUUUUGUAAAAGUUGCUGCACAAGUUGGUAGUAAGUGAGCAAUUUAACAAUUCAGAGGUGAAAUUAUAAAAAGUUCUCUUGAGGAAGCACAUCUUGUCACUACCCCAUUGACUCCUGUACGUCUGAAUGACCCCCUCAUACUUGCAUUUCUAUUGGCCAAUUUUAUGCAACUUCCCUAUAGGAUAUCUUGCUCAUCUUGGCAAUCGUUCCAGUCAACUUAGGUGUAUAUAUCCAUAAUAUUUUACAAACCAUUGUGGAUAGUGGGUGCAGAUUAAAACAUUUUAAGCCAUUGACUAAACUAAGAAAUAAUACAUUAACUAAAAAUAGAAUAUAUUAUUUCAGCUCAUGGAAUAGACUUGUAAAUCAAGCAAUCAAGGCAGCCUUUUGUAAAGGUAAUCCAUAUACCUUUGUGAUGGGCAAAAUGGAAUGAAACUGAAUAACUUUACCUUUGUGUAAGGUAACUCUCUUUAAUCACAGAAGGUUUUUGUACUUGAUUCCAGCUCUAGCUCUGUGCAGGAAAUUGCCCAAGAAUAAAUGGAACUGGAAUGAAUUAAUCUAUUACUUUCCCAAAAUAUGUCUUGGUGCUUGUGCGUUCCAUGUAUGCAGACAGCCACUAGGUGGCCUUUGUGGCACAGCAGUGUCAAAACGUAUUCCAAUCGGGAUAGAUUCAGCCACAUUAGCUAAUUGUCUCAUUGUCACAUGUAAAACUCACUAAAGUCAGCAAGGGAAUAAGGGAAACCUAUUUAAAACUGUUUAAUACUGUGCUACAAGAAAUUUGUCUCAAUAUUUACUUACUGGUAGAGAAGGGUAAUCUUUGGAGGGAAUUAGUUUAAAAAAUAGUAAAAAGCUGCAGAUGUUGGAAAUCUGAAAUAAAUACAGAAGAUUAUGAUAAAUCUCAGCAAGUCAGCCAGCAUCUGUUGAAAGAGGAAAGCAAACAUUUCAGAUCUGGGAUCCUUUAUCAGACUGAGAAAGACGAUAAGUUAAUGAAGGUGAGAGAGCGCCAAGGGUGAAACAAUGGGAUUUGUUAUUAUUAAGUUAAAAAUGUUGUAGCCAUUAAGGGAAGUUAAACUGCUUACCUUAACUACAUUAUUUCAGACUAUUAAUGAAGUUACAAGUUCAAAGUAAAUUUGUUAUCAAAGUACUUGCAAGCAUUCACAGUAGAACAAAAGAAAUAUAACAGAUUCAAAGAAAAACUAUACACAGCUGAGAACAUGAGUUGUAAAAUCCUUGAGAGUGAUUCAACAGGUUAUGGAAUCUGUUCAGUGUUGAGGUGAGUGAAGUUAUCCAUGGGUUCAAAAGCCUUAAUUGUUUCUCCUUCCAUAGAUGCUGUCUGACAAGCUGAGUUUUUCCAGCAUUUUCUGCUUUAUUUUCUGUCCCAAAUUUGGUGACUAGAACACAAGACAGUGGAAAGUUCUUUUCAGUAACCUGCUCCUGACUUUGACUCAAGGCAUUAAUCUUUCUGCUGUGCUGUCACUUGCAACGUCUUGCUUUACAAGUGGAUAGUGUUGCACAAUGAAAAUAUACAGUAUCUUGAAGUGCUUGUUCCCCUUCCUCCUGAUUUAUCAAAUUCUAUACUUACUGGCAAUAAGAGGAGAUUGAGACCAAGGUUUACCUAUACCUGAGUGGGGUGUGCAUACUCAGUAGCUGAGUAGAGUGGCCGAUGCAUAUUUGUACCUAAGUGAGAUACCAACCGGAGCACUCUACAUCAAUUUCAAUUCCUGAUCUUAAAUUCUACUGUUCUGUUCUCAUUAACAUUUCUGUUUGUUCUUAACAACUGCCAUGGAAGUGAAUUGCUUCCCACUUGUGGAAAGUAACUGAUUCUCGUGAUGCUGCAAUUUAAGUAACACUGAAGCUUUUCAGCAAACUUAAUCUAUGUGCAACUGGGAGGAAAGAUCUUGAGCAUUAUUUACAGUUAGACCUUGCUUUUACCUUUUGCAUAGAUGAUGUUUUAGUAAUUAAUUUUCUCAGAGUAUCCACAAUUUAUAAUGCUGUUACAGUAAUUUUCAUUAUCAUGAUUAUAGAACACUGGUUGUUGACCUGUAACUAAGUUAUGAUCCAUUUGCUAUGUAUUACACUGGAGAAUUAUGUCAGAGCAAGUAGGUGCUUGUUCUUUAUGCUGUAUUUGUCAGUUUGUUUUAUGUAAUUUCUGGAAUAAUUUACACUGGAUAAUUUGGGUAGAUUUUUAACAUAUCUUUGAAAUGAAUCUAAAAUGUAUAAAAAUAAUCUGGAAUAUUAGCAAAUCUGUGAUUUGAUUAUCCUGAUUUUUAUUGUAAUUACUCUAACUCACUUACAAUAAAUAUCUCUACCAGAGCAAUUUUUUGCAUUACUUC